AUGGCAGCUCUUCGCUCACCAGUCGGCGCUCUGCGCUUUGCUUUCAGGCAACCCGUUAGCAGAUUGGCCAGCCAACGCCCAGCAUCGGCCUUCUACAGCACCACAGUCGACUCCUCGAACGCCGAGUCUGUGCACAUCACUGCCGCAUCCUCGUCCGCCACUGGUGUACCCUCGGGUGAUAGCGAGCCAUUUACAGUUCAGUUGGAUGCCAACUCAUUCAAGGCAUACAAGACCGACAUUCCUUCUCUGGAGAUCGAGACCAGCAAGAACCAGUUGCUCCACUUGUACGCCGAGAUGGUCAAGAUGCGCAGAAUGGAAAUGGCUGCAGAUCAGCUAUACAAGCAAAAGCUGAUCAGAGGGUUCUGCCACUUGGCCAUCGGCCAGGAAGCCGUCGCUGUAGGCAUGGAAGCUGGCAUGAAGCCCUCCGACAAGUUAAUCACAGCCUACAGAUGCCACCCAUUCACUGUGCAGCGUGGAGGAACGAUCAAGUCCGUGAUUGCUGAGCUCUUUGGUCGCGAGGCUGGCAUCAGCAAGGGAAAGGGAGGGUCUAUGCACAUGUUCACCCCUACCUUCUUUGGCGGCAACGGUAUCGUCGGUGCACAAGUGCCAGUCGGCGCUGGACUUGCUUUCGCUCAAAAGUAUCUCGGAACUCAAGACGCCGUAUUUGCAAUGUACGGUGAUGGUGCAUCGAACCAAGGACAAGUCUUCGAGGCUUUCAACAUGGCCAAGCUCUGGGAUUUGCCGUGCGUAUUCGUCUGCGAGAACAACAAGUACGGCAUGGGCACGAGCGCGGAACGCUCUAGUAUGAACACUCAGUACUACACUCGUGGUGAUGUCAUUCCCGGUAUUCAGGUCAACGCGAUGGAUGUCCUGGCUGUUCAAAAGGCGACGAAGCACGCCUCCGAAUUUACGUUGGCUGGCAAUGGACCUCUCUUGAUGGAGCACGUCACCUACAGAUAUGGUGGACAUUCUCUGUCUGACCCAGGAACGACGUACAGAACCAGAGAUGAGAUUCAGUCCAUGCGAAGCUCGUCAGAUCCCAUUCAGGGACUCAAGAGCAAGAUUUUAGAGUGGGGUGUGGUGGACGAGGCGUCGCUGAAGAAGAUCGACAAGGAAGCGAAGGAGGAGGUCGAUCAAGCUGUGGAGGAGGCCAAGCAGAGUCCCGAGCCUGACGCAAAGGAGCUUUGGACCGACAUUUACUACAAGGGCACCGAGCCAGACUGGAUGCGUGGCCGCACUCUCGACGAGAUUCACCGCUUCCGUUGAGCGCGUCUCCCAUCAACCCCUGUCACGACUUUGAAUCGAGUAGAGCAAUUGCAUUGGCUUGCCUUUGACCUUGAUACCACGGUCUGGUGUCAAGACCGCAAGUAAAGCGACCGCAGAGCACAUACAUUCUCUGCGCUGUGGUGUGCACCCCCCUCAGGACGGCGUGCUUCUGAGUCAGCACGCCGUUUGCAGUCAAGAAUGACCUUUGCUCCCACCGCAACACGCACUUGCCUCUCACGCAUGCGGAGAUCGGCCCAGAUCUGCUUCGUUCAGAUCACGAUGACCUCCGCAGUCACUCCAUUGCGACACCGCCUCUCUCGCAUUAUCUAGUCGGCUCCGUGGCUGCCAAGUCCGCACGGCGACCUUUGUUGGUGCUUCUCGUCUGAGCUAAGCAAUGGGCGGCCGAAUCGAAGGGCGUCGCGGCAAGGGCAGUGCU